GGGAGGGGGAGCAGCAGCAGCAGCAGAGGCAGUAAGUGUGGCCGGGAUAUCAUCAUAACACUAGGGCGCAAAAUUAUCCCCUCCACCGUGUUCCUCGUCAGGAAAGAGCCGCUCACCCCCUCAUCAUGUCUGCAGGAACAGAAGGAGCCGCUGUGGCCAGCUCGUGACUGCAUCUUCAAAUCACAAACAAACAAACAAACAAACAGCACCUGAAAACGCAGAGGCAAAGAAGGGACUCAUCACACCCCGUGAACGUCUCACUUUUCCAGCCCGUGGGGGAAUGAACAGACUAGGCGCCAACAUGCCCGUCAACGACCCUGAGAGCAUUCUGAGCUACCAGAGACCAGAUGAAGAGGUGGUGGUUGACCAGGGAGGCACAAGCUCUGUGUUGAACAUCCACUAUGAGGAGGAGGAACUAGAAGGCCACAGGGCUCUGUUCGUGGGGGUGCGGAUGCCCCGGCAGAGCCAUCGUCACCACAAGCCCCAUGGUUCCCGCCACCGCAGGAGAGACAGAAGAGCAGGAAGUAGCUCAGCACAACAAAAGGAGGGAUCUGAGACAACAACUUCCAGUCAUGACACGCCGUCCCAGAGGGUCCAGUUCAUUCUGGGCGGAGAGGGAGACGCUGAACAUGUCACUCACGAGCUUUUCACUGAGCUGGAUGAGAUCUGUGUGAAGGAUGGCAAAGAUGCUGAGUGGAAGGAAACAGCCAGGUGGCUUAAGUUUGAAGAGGACGUGGAGGACGGCGGCGAGAGGUGGAGCAAACCGUACGUUGCUACUCUGUCACUCCACAGCCUGUUUGAGCUCCGCAGUUGCAUCAUCAACGGCAGUGUGUUGCUUGACAUGCGUGCGGACUCUAUUGAGGAGAUUGCAGACAUGGUGCUGGACCACCAGGAGGCGUCUCAUGAGCUGGACGACAGCGUGAGGGUAAAGGUGCGUGAGGCUCUGCUGAAGAGACACCACCACCAGAAUGAGAAGAAGAAGAACCUGAUUCCUAUUGUACGCUCGUUCACGGAGGGAACCCGCAAACAGUCGGAGGUCCAUCUGUCAGCCUCAGCUCCGCAGCCUCCUCCAGCCACAGAACCAGCUAAGAACGGUGCUGGACAGGACAGCAGUCAGGUGGACCUCAGCAAGGUGGACAUGCACUUCAUGAAGAAGAUCCCAGAGGGCGCAGAGGCCUCUAAUGUGUUGGUGGGAGAGCUGGACUUCCUUGAGAGAUCCAUUGUGGCCUUUGUGCGCCUCUCUCCUGCUGUGCUGCUCACUGGCCUCACUGAGGUGCCCAUACCUACUAGGUUUCUCUUCAUUCUGCUGGGUCCAGAUGGAAAGGCUCAACAAUACCAUGAAAUUGGACGUUCAAUGGCGACCAUCAUGACAGAUGAGAUCUUCCAUGAUGUUGCUUACAAGGCUAAGGACAAAGGUGACCUUCUAGCAGGCAUAGAUGAAUUCCUUGACCAGGUGACUGUCCUGCCACCAGGGGAGUGGGAUCCCUCCAUCCGUAUUGAGCCGCCUAAGAAUGUCCCCUCUCAGGAGAAGAGAAAGAUGCCAGGAGUUCCUAAUGGCACAGCGUGCCAGGUAGAGGAAGAACUACAUGCUGAGCACCAUGGGCCGGAGUUGCAGAGAACUGGAAGGUUGUUUGGGGGUCUGAUACUGGACAUCAAAAGGAAAGCUCCGUUCUAUUUGAGCGACUAUAAGGACGGUCUGAAUCUCCAGUGUGUGGCCUCUUUUCUCUUCCUCUACUGUGCUUGCAUGUCGCCCGUCAUCACGUUUGGAGGACUGCUAGGGGAGGCCACAGAGGGACGCAUUAGUGCCAUAGAGUCUUUACUUGGUGCAUCUAUGACUGGAGUAGUUUACUCUCUGUUUGCUGGUCAGCCUCUCACCAUUCUUGGCAGCACAGGUCCUGUGCUGGUUUUUGAGAAAAUCCUGUUUAAGUUCUGCAAGGACUAUAACCUGUCCUAUUUGUCGCUGAGGACUUGCAUCGGUCUGUGGACAGCCCUGCUGUGUUUUGUGCUGGUUGCCACAGAUGCCAGCUCUCUGGUUUGCUACAUCACACGGUUCACAGAGGAAGCUUUUGCUGCACUCAUCUGCCUCAUCUUCAUUUAUGAGGCCUUGGAGAAGCUUUUCCACUUGGGAGAAAUCUACCCCUUCAACACACACAGCGAUCUGGACAAACUCACCCUGGCAUACUGUAGAUGUGCAGAACCUUAUAAUCCCAGUAAUAAGACAUUAGAGCUGUGGAGUGCGAGAAACAUCACAGUGUCCUCUGUAUCCUGGUCCAACCUUACUGUCAAGGAGUGCGUCAGUCUGCAGGGCCACUUUGUUGGGACGGCGUGUGGCCACCAUGGACCCUUCACCCCAGAUGUUCUCUUCUGGUCCUCCAUUUUGUUCUUUUCAACCUUCUUCAUGUCUUCUUUUCUGAAACAAUUCAAGACUAGCCGUUAUUUCCCUACCAAGGUGCGGUCCAUGAUCAGUGACUUUGCGGUGUUCCUCACCAUCGUCAUCAUGGUUCUGCUUGACUAUGUCAUUGGAGUUCCCUCCCAGAAGCUGAAGGUGCCCAGCAAAUUUCAGCCCACCAGAGAGGACCGAGGCUGGCUGAUCAAUCCCAUAGGACGUAACCCAUGGUGGACAGUCCUGGCUGCCGCUAUCCCUGCUGUUCUCUGCACAAUUCUUAUCUUCAUGGAUCAGCAGAUAACUGCUGUCAUCAUUAACCGCAAAGAGCACAAACUACUGAAGGGCUGUGGUUACCACAUGGACCUGCUGAUAGUGGGGUUGAUGCUGGCAGUGUGCUCCAUCAUGGGCUUACCCUGGUUCGUUGCGGCCACGGUCCUGUCCAUCUCUCACGUCAACAGCCUGAAGCUUGAGUCUGAGAGCUCGGCUCCGGGAGAGCAGCCUCGAUUUCUGGGCAUUCGAGAGCAGAGACUCACCGGCCUCGUCAUCUUCCUGCUCAUGGGCUGCUCUGUAUUCAUGACUGGAGCCCUGCAGUUCAUUCCUAUGCCAGUGCUCUAUGGUGUUUUCCUCUACAUGGGAGUGUCUUCAUUAAAAGGCAUCCAGUUCUUUGACCGUCUGAAGCUCUUCGGCAUGCCAGCAAAGCACCAGCCAGACUUCAUCUAUCUGCGCCACGUCCCCUUGAGGAAGGUGCACCUGUUCACACUCACCCAGCUCACCUGUCUCGUGCUGCUCUGGGUCAUCAAAACUUCACCUGCUGCGAUCGUCUUCCCCAUGAUGGUGUUGGCUCUGGUGUUUGUCCGCAAACUCUUGGACUUGUGCUUCUCUAAGCGAGAGCUAAGUUACCUGGAUGAUUUAAUGCCCGAAUGGAAGAAAAAGAAUCUUGACGACGCCUCCAAAAAGAUACAAGAGGAAUCACAGAUUAUGCUCAGUGAAAAGCAGGAAGAUCCAACUUCUGUUCAGAUUGAGAUGGAGAGCAGAAAACCCGCUCAGACCAUGAAAGCACACGACCCCAGGUGUGACCCCUCUGACAUUAACAUAUCUGAUGAAAUGUCUAAAACCACCGUGUGGAAAUCCCUCAACUCCAAUCAAAGGGACUCUCGUCCUGUGGCUGCUAAGAAGGAUUGAAGGGAUCAUGUUCAUAGACGAGUAAAGGACAUCCAGAGUGCUGGCAGAUUUCACUGCAUCAUUUGAAUGUAGCUCUGGACCUCAGGAUGCUGCGGUUUGGCUCCAUUGAUCGACCGCCACUACAGAGAAACAAGUCUCAAUGAUUUGUACCAGCAACCUGCAAACACAGUCCACACUAACGCACACACACACUCAAAGACAGGAGUAUAUUACAUUUGUAUACAGGCGGAGUUAUGCAUACACUUUGCUUUCGCUUUGUGAGGACUGGACAUAAACUACAUCAUUAUUUUUAUUCCCCUUAGCCAAAGCCCCAAAAUGAAAACCUUUGCUAAAUGAUGAUAUACUACAGUAACAGUUGAAGAAUGACCACGAAAUAGCCCUUAGCUCAGCCUCCCUGCCCAUUAUUACCAUUAUCAUUUUAGCUUAAGACGGGUUUUUUAACACAAAUUCACUGCCUUUGAUUUCUACGGUUCUAAAGUAUUAGAAAUAAAAUAAAACAGCAUGAAUUCUGAGAAAAAAGUCAGAAUUCAGAGAUUAAAGAAUCUCAGUAUUCAUGCUGUUAUAUUUUAUUUUUUGUGGCCCUAAUACUCUUCCGUAGGUUUCUGUAAGACUCUUUCUUAGUCGUGAGGUCCAAAUAAAUAUUUUUAAAAAAUGACAAAAACCACAGUGCAUUCUUUUCGGUAGGAAUGUUUUCCUGUGAAACUGUGAUAUUAUAAAACAUCGCCACUCUCAUUUCUUUGCAGGAAGCUGUUGUUGCUGUUGUUGCACUUUUUCAAGGGCUUCCUCCAAAAAAAUAAUCAUCCAAGAUGUUUUGAACAAAUAGUUGUUCGAUACUCUAUAUAGAAAAAUUGGAUUAUUGGAUUGUUGACUAUUCAUUCUGGAUUGCAUAUGACACUCAUGUAAGCUAUAGCCUGAAACCUGUCACAGAAAUAAACCAGUAAGGUUCCCCAGGUGCCAUUUUCAUUUAUAAUAAAGUACCAAGCAUAAAAAACAAAAAUAGAAAACUGCAAUAGAUCCGUGAUUAAUGAAGCUUCUAACUUUAACCAGCCAAACCAUAUUUGUUUUGUACUUUUCAUGCACAUAGAAUGUAAUGAACAGCUUCACAUACAAUCACAGACACAGAUUAUUACAGACUACAAACAUAGUUAAUUCAGAAUAAAUUAAGACAGGAAAUCACUGAAAAAAAGUUACAGAGAACUGCAUAGAGAGAUUCAUGGAAAAUUGUAUAUGAAAAGAGAAAAACCGGUAUGACGACCAACACAAAUAUCCCUGUAAUUCUUUUUUUUUUUUCUCAUUUAUGUCCUUACAAAGACAGAAGAGCACACACAAACACACGGACACACAGAGACAGAUAUUAUUACUAUUAUUUCAUUUGAAACAACACAGAGGUUUCUCUUCGUUAGGUGGGCUAUAAUGGACUGUAAAUGCUCAUUUAAAAACAAAUCAGGUUUCUUUUAUUAUCUCAAAUCUACCGAAGUCUAUUUUUUUAUGUGCCAUGAGUGUGUGUCAAAUAUAUGGUGGAUUUGGUAAAGGAAAGAAAAUACAUUACAUUGGUAGCAUUGUUUCAGUAAGUAAUAUAUAAAAUCCUUUACGGGGGUCAUAAAAUGUGAUUUAAGUGAAAAUUGUAUGAACACGAGUGAACGUUUCAUAUAAGGUGUUUCUUGUCAUGUGCUUAUUCUUUGUCUGAGGACCUAUAAACUAACAGUGGAACGGCCGCAUGACUAAAUAUACAGUAUAUUCAAAGACAUGAGAGAGACUGCAAAAAGUAGCCUAAAUAAAGAUAAUAUCAAAUAUGAAUUAUUCAGUCACUGUUAAAUUAUCGUUAUUGAGCAACAUGUAUCUUAAAGUUGAGUCGCAAUGUGUGGAAAACACAUUUCAAUGUAGAAUGUGAGUAUAAUUAUGUGCUGUACAUGUCUGUUUCCUGACGUGCUGAUCAUUUUUGACCUUUCACAGAAAAAAAACAACAAUCCUUUUAGAAGUCAGUAUGGCACAGUGUGUUGAAACAAACCAUUGUGUAAUAACUGCGGCACAAACACAGCAAGUCCAAUAAUGCAAAUGUCCUCCUUCCCUGCCGACUUCAUUUUCAUGUGUAGAUAACAGUGAAAACUGUGCACCUAACUGUAAACGUCUGUGUCCUUUGAAUGAAUAUAAGACGUCACUUGUAUCACUUGUAUCUGUUUCAAGGACAAGGUCGGGCUGAGUGUGAGAACGUGUUCAGGGAGACGAGUAUCUGCAAACCUUAUUCCUGUAGUCAUGGAGCCAUAGCAAAAGCAAUGCCUUGUCUCUUCAAACACUGAAUGAUUAGUCUGGAACACACACACACACACACAAAAACCCUGUGUUUUAUAUGUAUGUAUAUGUAAUUUCAGUUUUGAUUAUGGUAAAAAAAUGGAUAAUAAAUCAUUACAAUUGAAAUGAA